AUGAAGUUUUUCAGCAGGCAAAGAGCUGAAACACAGGGACAAACAGUGCGUCAGAUGCUUAAUAAGACAAAAAGACUUGAAUCAACUUGUCCCCUUGAUGACCAAACAAGCACAGACCUGAUGACAAUUGAUCAUGACCGAGAACCAGAAUUCAACCAGCAAGAUGAUUCUGAUACCAACAACACAGACCUUGAAGCCAAAACACCGGUUGAAGCAAACAAAACUGCUGGAGCCAACAUAACAAUUAGAGCAGAAAUUCAUCACAAGUCCAAUGAUACAGAUCAUCAUGAUCAUAUAAUAUAUGAAGCAACACCCAUUCGAGACUUAGAUGCUGCAAAGCCAACUGAUGAAAUAUCAACUGUUCCAACUGAACAAAAAUCAACUGUUCCAACUGACGAAAUAUCAACUGUUCCAACUGAUGAAAUAUCAACUGUUCCAACUGACGAAAUAUCAACUGUUCCAACUGACGAAAUAUCAACUGUUCCAACUGAGGAAAAAUCAACUGUUCCAACUGAUGAGAUACCAGCCGAUGAAGCUUGGGAAAAAAAACUGAUCCAUUAUUGUCAACAUUUUUAAAUUAUAUUUGUUAUCAUGGUUAUCACAUGUUAUUUAUUAUAAUAUAAUAUAUAUAAAUCAAAAAUUGAAAGCCUUUCAAACUGUCCCUGUUUACUUGGUAUGAUCAACUUUGAGAAUGUUUAAGAAUUUUUUUAAUUGAAAUAUAUAACUCAAAUUGUUUGUGUAACCAGAACUGUUUUUUUUUUUAUAAACCUUGUACUUUGUUCAUAACGAUUUUUUAUUGACAUAUUUUAUCAUCAUCAAGUCAUCCCUAAAUUAGCUUAAAAAAAAAACCAAAUGAAAGAAUAUUAAUUUAAAACCCAAAAGACUGAUAUCAUCAAAACCUAACUGUAUGAAAUUGUAUGAACAUUCAAGAUAAAUUGUAGGCCUAGUCUAAUGAUUACAGCACCUAAAAUUGUGGCAUUAUAUUUCUCAUGUUUCUACAUUGUAAAUGUCUUAAAUAGAAUGCCCAAAACUUUCAUGUAUUGAUCUUUUGUAAAUUCGACAAAACACGAUACAUGCAUGUAUGAUAGAGUGAG